AUGCCUCACCUUAUGGAAAGGAUGAUGGGCUCAAACCUCUUGUGUGUGGCCUUAGCCUCCAGCAUUCUGACAUUGGCAUCUACGGUGCGGCAAGGUUACAGAAACCCCAGAGAAUCCAGUUCCUACGGGUCAGACUUGGCAUGUGGAGCCCCUGGCACCCCAGAAGCCAACGUCUGUUUUGAUCCCUGCCAGAACUACACGCUCCUGGAUGACCCUUCCCGAAGCACGGAGAACACAGAAGAAUCCCAGAAUUGUGACAAGAACAUGUACGGCUGGUACCGCUUUGUGGGCGAAGGAGGAAUCAGAAUGCCAGAGACCUGUGUGCCAGUGUUCCGAUGCCAGUCAGCUGCUCCCAUGUGGCUCAGUGGUCCCCAUCCCGUCCUUGGGGAUGGCAUAGUCAACCGCACAGCCUGUGCCCACUGGAGUGAAAAUUGCUGUCUCUGGAAUUCUGAGGUGCUAGUGAAGGCCUGCCCAGGCGGUUACCAUGUGUACCGGUUCGAGGGUUCCCCUGAGUGCAAUCUGAGAUACUGCACAGGUGAGCGUCAGCCCUCCACUGUGCAGGACAGGUGCGAGAAUGCCUGCCGCCCUGAAGAGGAGUGUCUCACUCAAGAUGGUGUCUGGAACUGUGUCUGCCGACAGGAUUUCAAUGGAUCUGAUGCUUACAAUUUGCAGCCUCAGCUGGACUGCAGGGCCAAUGAGGUCAAGGUGACACUAGACAAGUGUUUGCUGGGAGACCUGGGUUUUGGGGAGGAGGUCAUUGCCUAUCUGAGGGACCGGAACUGUAGCAGCAUCAUGCAAAGAGAAGAUGGGAACUGGAUGUCUGUGACCAGCCCGGUCCAGGCCAGUGCCUGUGGGAACAUCCUUGAGAGUAAUGGAACCCAUGCCAUCUACAAAAACACCCUGUCCUUGGCCACCGAUUUUAUCAUCAGGGACUUCAUCGUCAACAUCAACUUCCAGUGUGCCUACCCACUGGACAUGAAGGUCAGCCUCCAAACUGCACUUCAGCCCAUUGUCAGUUCUCUGAACAUCAAUGUGGGUGGGGAAGGCGAGUUCACUGUCAGGAUGGCCCUCUUCCAAGACCAAAGCUACACACAUCCUUAUGAAGGGGACAAUGUAGUGCUGUCUGUAGAAUCCAUGCUGUAUGUGGGUGCCAUCUUGGAAAGAGGAGACACCUCCAGGUUUAACUUGUUGUUGAGGAACUGCUAUGCCACACCCACGAAGGACAGAGAUGAUCCUGUGAAGUACUUCAUCAUCAGAAACAGCUGCCCAAAUCAACGUGAUUCCACUAUCAACGUGCAGGAGAACGGGGUGUCCUCAGAAAGCCGAUUCUCCGUGCAGAUGUUCAUGUUUGCUGGGAACUAUGACCUUGUUUUCCUGCAUUGCGAGGUUCAUCUCUGUGAUUCUCUUAAUGAAGAGUGCCAACCAACAUGCUCAAGAAGUCAGCUCCGCAGUGAAGUACCAGCCAUCAACCUAACCCAGGUUCUAGACUUGGGACCCAUCACUAGGAGAGGCGCUCAGGCUCUUGGUGUCAUGAGUGGAACCCCCAGCACUGCAGGGUUCCUGGUGGCAUGGCCCAUGCUUCCCCUGCCUGUCCUCCUGGCUUGGCUGUUCUGA